UUGCUGGCAAUAGUAUAUUUCUUUGUUUGUGCUUGUUCUCUGGUUGUUUGCUGAAUAGAGUACUUCUGAUAUGCUAUUUCUUGGUACUUUGUUUCUAGCUAAAGAGGGUGCUGUUAUUCAUCAUGACAAUGGCUAAGCCUUACUGUUGAGUUUUGUCGUAGGGGGCCACUGUGGGAGGUGGUCUGUGAAGGUUCUCCAACUAUAAGUUUGUCUGCAUUUUUUCAUCUCAUGAAUGGAUAAAUUAUCAAAAUUUUGGUGUCCAUGUGUCAUAAAUUGGCGGCAAAAUAGGAAGCUUGCAUCUGUCAUGAACUUGCUUUGGGAGCUGUUUUCACCUGUUUUUAGACAAUGCCCCCCUUCUGAUAUAUUUAUAUAUGUCUAUGUUAUAUUUGUAAAUUCUCUGCUGGGGUUAUCAAAACCUAUCAGCUGUUCCUACCUUUUACCAACUGAUGUUUCUUAGUGCAAGUGUCUCUGCGGCCCACUAUUUUUCAAUCAUCCAUCAUAGGUCCCAAGUUAUAAUAGGGUGUGCGAUGGUGAUGUGCCACAGGUUUUAUAUGCGCCAAUCUCAUGCAAAAAACGACUGGCAGACGAUAGCAACUGCGAGUCUGUUCCUCGCUUGCAAAGCUGAAGAUGAGCCGUGUCAACUGUCUAGUGUCGUUGUUGCGUCUUAUGAAAUCAUUUAUGAGUGGGAUCCUUCUGCCUCAAUUAGAAUCCAUCAAACUGAAUAUUACCAUGAAUUUAAAGAAUUUAUUUUGGCUGGGGAGAGGCUUCUGCUGGACACAAGUGCUUUCCAGCUUUUAGACGUCGAACUUCCCUACAAACCAUUGGCUGCGGCUUUGAAUAGGGUGAACGCUUGGCCUGACCUUGCAACAGCUGCAUGGAACUUUGUGCACGAUUGGCUUCGAACGACACUGUGCUUGCAGUACAAACCUCAUGUUAUUGCAACUGCCACUGUGCACCUAGCUUCUACGUUUCAGAACGCUAAAGUAGGCAGCAGGAGAGAUUGGUGGUUAGAUUUUGGAGUCACAACUAGGCUAUUAAAAGAGGUGAUCCAAGAGAUGUGCAUGCUGAUAGAAGUUGACAGAAGGAGGACAAUGCCGCCGCCACCACCGCCUCCAAGAAGAGAGGUAGCUUGGGCAAUACCUGCACCCCUAAAGCCUCCGGUCUAUAUGGCUAGAGGCUAUCCGUUUCACAGCUACCCUAUGCAGUCGUAUAGACAGCCUGGAAUCUGGUGAGGCACUGAAGAUGUAAACUCUCUCUCUUGUAGUCUUGAGUUUGGUCGAUAGACAUAAGAAGAUUAUGUGGCCUCUCAGUGUAAGGUUAUAUAGCAAUCCGAGUGGGGUUUUUGUUUGGCUAAAGUUAAAGCCUCUCAGGUGUGAAUUGAUGAUUCUCUCAAGAUUCUUCUCGUUUGUUCUGUUACAUAGAGAUUAUGUAGGAGUUGUUGGUUAAUAGAAGUGCCCACUCCCUUGUUAUAAUACUAGUAAAAGACUUUUAUAUCAUUGUACAUCUUGAAUCUUUAUUUUGUGUUACUUCAAAUUGUUUUCGACUUA